AUGCGCCGUCCGCCUGCAGCAGGCAUUCUAUACACUCGAUCGUGUCUAUAUUACUAUAUAUUAUAUUUCCAUACAUUAUACUUACGCGCUUUUCGUGCAAUAUUUUUCCGCGUUAGUGCAGUCACGGCCUUUGCGCCACGCCGUCAUGUCCUCGGCCGACACUACCUGCGCCGUGGACGUUCCUGUUGCCGCCAAACGUAUCCAGACCAUUCACAAACACGCCAGCGACGUGACCAAAUGUUGUUUUUCCAAACGAUUUCAUCUGGCCGUCGGUUCGAGUGAUCGGACGGUGAGCGUGUGGGAAUGGCGGUCAGGCCACGGUUUCGAGGAAAAAUCUUAUUCGCCGUUGACCCACCAUAAGUACAUGGUCACUGGUGUACAAUUCGAUGGAGACGCUACUCUCUUGGCUACGUCGUCCUUAGAUGGUAGCACUACGCUGUGUGAUGUCGAGACCGGACGAAUUGUGCAUACAUUUGUUCAAAACAGUUGCGGUGGUAUAAGGUCGUCGUGUUUCGUGGCAAAUUAUAAAUAUUUUGUAUCCGCUGGUGACGAUGGGACCAUGUGCGUGUGGGAUAUGUUUAGACGAGUACUGGUCAGGACAAUUACGGCGCACGAAGAGGCUAUAUCGAUGAUAUGUUGUUCUACAGACUCGAGAAUUAUGUUGACGGGUGACACAACGGGAGUGGCCAAAGUGUGGUCAGUCUCCGAGCUCACUGAUACUUGCGGAAAAACUACUCCUCUAUAUGUAUUAUUUGACUGCCACGAUAUGGGUGUGAAUUCUGCCGACAUAUCAUCUGUCACUACAAUAACAAAUAAGGGUAAAGUGUACAGUGCGCUAACAUGCGGUAACGAUAACUUAGUGAAAAUCUGGCAACUGACUCUUUGGAAGAAAAAUGCAAGCUCUCAUCAGUGUGCUGUCGAAAUGGUUCAUACUUUGAAUGGCCAUUCAUCAACGGUGACCAGUGUGUGUUUUUGCAUCGGUGAUGACGCUACGCUGUUCGCGUCUACGUCGAUGGACAAGACUACAAGGAUUUGGCGGAUGGUCGAGUCAAACAAUGCAGUUUGCUUACAAGUGUUGGAAGGACACACCCGUUACGUUAACACUUGUGGAUUCUCUCAAGACGGUUUACUGUUUGUAACUGGGUCCAACGACAAGUCUGUAAUUGUCUGGGACGUGAAAGGCCAUUUAGAUUUAAACGUAAAAUUACACGAUUCGUCAGAGAAUUUAAAAUCUGCAGUAAACAUCAGAAGAGAAAUUCAAGUAGAAGUAUCCCUGAGGGAAAAAGUAAUGUUUACAAAUUCAGUGAACUCGUGUGAUUUCAGCGACGAAUGCAAAUACUUCGUGGCAUCCGGAGGUGACAAGACCAUCAGGGUUUGGAAUUUUGACGAAAACGGACGUAUUGAAGAAUGUAAAGACUCGCCGUUGCACGCUCACCAUUAUUCGGUACAACAGAUGGUCAUCUCUCCGUGCUCGUCGUACAUGGCCUCCUGUUCGUUGGAUGGAAUGACUGUUAUUUGGGAUCUUAAUACUCUAAAACAAAAAGGUUCAUUACAUACUGAGUACGGUGGAGCAAGAUCUUGUUCAUUUUCCGGAAACUCCGAAUUGAUUGCUGUAGCUUGCAACAACGAAAUCGUAUUCGUGUGGAAAAUUGAAACAUUACAACUUGUCGCGAAGCUGUGCGGGAAUGACGAAGACGUCACUUGUGUUUCGUUCAGUCCCGAUUCUCGUUAUUUAAUGUCAGGUUGUGUGGAAGGGCACUUCCGAAUUUGGUCUGUUCACCCUAAAAAGCAUAUAAUAUCUGAGACUAGUGCAAUCGUCCAGGACAAAGCACAUGAUAUCGGAAUAACCAGCGCCCAUUUUGCGUUCAAGAAUCCAUCUAGAAAACCACGGUCGAUGUUGAUGGUAACUGGUGGCAGUGAUGCCGCUGUAAAAGUCUGGAGGCUGCUGGAUGGCCAAAUUGACUUUAAAAUGAAAUUUGUUGGUCACGGUAGCGACGUCACGUGCGUUAAGUUCCCACGACAUAUUACCACGUUCUUGGCGUCUACUUCACUGGAUAAGACAGCUCGAAUAUGGCAAACGAAAACUGGAGAUUGUCUGCAUGUCAUCGAUCCUAAAGAUGCUAUCCUCACUUGUUGCUCAUUUUCAUCAAAUAAUAAAAUACUGGCUACAGGGUCGUUGGACAAAGCUAUAUUUCUGUGGAAUUUACCGUUGGACGAUGAAGACGCCACGUCAAUUAAAAAAUCGGUAAACUCUUUGGAAGCACACAGAAUGCGAUUGAGCGGCAUUUCCGACGACGACAGACGAGAUUUGGAAGUGGCAUUGUCAAAGUUAUCGUCGUCGACAAUCAUACCCGACGAAUUCAUCUGUCCAAUAACACAGCAGAUCUUCAGAGAUCCCGUGAUAUGUUCAGACGGACAUACUUACGACAGAUCGGCCAUGAUGUCUUGGUUCCGCCGAGGUAAAUUCAGUAGCCCGUUGACAAACGAACCGCUCGUGUCCAAGUCCAUGACGUCAAACACCACCAUAAAAGAAGCGAUCUCAGUGUUUAUCCAACAAAAUCAAUGAACGCGCAAAUGACUACAGAAUCAAUAAUAGUUUUUUUUUUUUUUUUUAAUUCAUCGAUCCCGACUUUUGUUAUGUGUGAGAAAAAUAUUAUAUCAACCCUUAUACUAUCACAUUUUGGAAAUACAAUAUAUUUGUCAGAAAAUUUGUUUAUAGCAAUUUGUAAUACUAUUAUAUUAUAAUUGUUGUUACUUUAUGCACUUUUUUCUUUUUAAGAUAUUUUAUUGAAAUAUAAUUAUUAUUUGCAUUAAAGAUUAUGUUUUCGUGUUUUACAUAAUAUACUUAUCAACUGUGUAUUAAAAAAUGCUAAAAAAAAAAAAAAUAUCUCUUUACGAUCGGUGUUUGGAGUUCACGAAUUAUUAGACAUUAGAUAAUUUUUAGUAAAUAGCACAAAUAUUAUAUAAUAUUAAUCUAUAUAUUUUGUCAUUGGUAAACAUUAAAUUGUAUAGCUUUUGUGUAUUAAAUAAUACGAGUAUAAUAACAUUUAUUAUAAAAUUAAUACUAUUAAGUAAUGAGUAGUAAUAUAUUUCAUGUCCAAUUGACAAACACAAAACAGCAUACAAUAUUUUAUCGAUCAUCUAACAGAUUAAAUUACAUUAUAUAUUUAGACCUUAUCGUUUUAAGUUUAAACGGAGGUUUUAUUGAAUCAAAUUAAUGAUUGAAUAUUAAUCAGCAAAAAUGUUUUAAAAACAGGUACAAUAUUACUUGUUAUUAAAUUGGAAACAAAUCAAAAACUAUCUAACAAAGGUAUAAAGGUUCAAAAUGCUUUACGCACAAACUUCUAUUAUAUAAUAAUAUGGUUUUUAUGACAAUAUUAAAAAAAAAAAAAAAAAAAAAAA